GCAGCUCUGAGCUGCCUCACUUGGAUCCUCUUUCCUCACUCACAGUCCCCGGGGGCCAGUGUGGGAAGCGCGUAUUUCCGCCCGAUGCAUAAAACUUCCCUGCACGGGAUGCUCCCAGCGCAAACGUUGCUGCAACGAUGUAUCGACUAGAGCCGCGCUGACCCGGGGAAGAGCCACCUGGAUCCCUGCAGGAACUUUAUAGGGAAGCUGUGCAAACUCUGCAGGAAUUCUACAGUCUCUGGUUGCCAUGGAUGUAUGAGAGGGAUCUGCAGAUCUGGUCCCUGGUGUUCCAUGCUGCUCCGAUGGCUGCACGCAGACAGCAGGCUACACGGCCAUAGGCGGCACACGCAGCUUUGCGCUGACACCCCAGCUCCCUAGCAGAGACUCCUGUGUUCCGGACCCAGCCAUUCUGCACCACGGUGAGUGUUCCUGCUGCAAAUGGCUAUGCUGGUGGGGUGCUUCUGCAACCAGUAAGCCUAUAAGUGCUCCCUUGUGCUGCUGCAAGUGACUGGGACAGUAAUGUAGACUGUAAGGAGAUGCUGAUACUGUGGAGCUGCAGCACACAUCUACAGCUGGAUGCAGACGCUGCUAGACAAACCUGAAAGCAGGGAGGGAAUGCACAGAGCUGGGAUACUUUGUACAUUACUCCAGGUGAGAUGGAGAAGACUGUCCUAGUACAGCUGCUGAUGUUAGUGAGCUGCAGUCUCUGCUGGAGUGUGGAGGAGAAGUGCCCAGAGCCAUGUGACUGUCAACAUCCCCAACAUAUCCUGUGCUCUAACAGGGGGCUUGUCUCCCUUCCCAAAUCCAGCCACAUUCCCAGACCAUCUGGAAUUAAGACCUACAGCUUGGGAGGCAAUUUUAUUACUAACAUAAGUGCCAAUGCUUUCUCAGACUACGCUAACUUGCAGAGGCUGGAUCUGCAGUACAAUCAGAUCCACUUUAUUCAUCCCAAAGCAUUUGAGAAGCUCCUUUUCCUGGAAGAAUUGUACCUCGGUAACAAUUUGAUCCCAUCACUAUCUCCUGGCGCUCUCUCCCCACUUAAAAAGCUUAAGGUGCUCAAUGUGAAUAGUAACCGGCUUGGCAAUGUCAGCCGUGCCAGCUUCUCCAGCCUGGGGUCACUGAUUAAGCUGAGGCUGGAUGGUAAUAGUAUCCAGACGCUGCAAGGCUCUCCCUUCUCAGGACUUUCUAAUCUGCUUUACUUGCACCUGGAAAACAAUAAAAUUAGUAAUAUCAGUAAAAAUGCAUUUGUGGGUCUUGUAAAAUUGCGUUUACUGAGCCUGUCAGGGAACCCCUUGAAUUUCUUAAAACAGCCUACGUUUUUACCGCUGCGCUCUCUUAGCACAUUAACCAUGGCUGGAAAUAAUCUACAGCAACUGGGACCAGGAGUUUUCCAUGGAUUACUGCGGCUUUCCAAGCUCAUUCUGAGCUCAAACAGGAUUUCUCUGCUACACAGCAAGACCUUCCAGGGGCUUGGGAUGCUACAAGAACUACAUCUGGAUGGGAACACACUGGGCAUGCUCCCUGAAGGCCUCAUGGGAUCUCUGCACAGCCUGGAAGUGCUGAACCUGAGCCUCAAUGCCUUGUCCGAUUUGCACCCAGGAACUUUCCAUGGAUUAAACCGGCUCAGAGUGUUGGAUUUGCAGCACAACAUGUUGAGCUUCUUGCCGGGGGAUAUUUUGUCUGGAAACCCAGCCCUUUACCGACUGCAGCUGGAUGGAAAUCGAUGGAACUGUGACUGUCGCCUGUUGGGCCUUAAGCACUGGAUUAUGGGAACGUUGCACACACGUAGUCGGAUGCUGACUGUGUUUGUGCAGUGCAAGGAGCCACAGGAAGUUUCAGGAAAGUACUUGGAUUACUUGGAAGAUGCAUACUUACAGGGAGCAGGAAGUUGUAUCCUCAGUACCACCCCUGCGGGACUGGCUAGCACCAUUCAAGAUCAGGAUCUGGUUUUACAUCAUUAUAGCGAAGGAUGGAAAAGUAUACCAAGUAUUGCUCCUGUGGAACAGACAUUUAAAGAUUCCAAAACACAUUUGUCGCUACCUGUAUCUACACUCCCAUCAAAAGUUCCCUCUUUGCUUCAAACAUUGGCAUCAGUGCAAAAAGCACCAGCUACUAAAUGGCCGCUGGGCACGAAAAAGAAAAGUUUUGAUGGACAACAAAAGAUGCUACAAAGAGGUAAAAACAAAAACAUAAAGACUUCUGGUAGGACUAAGAAUCCAUCCGAAAAUAAGCUGAGCUCCAGCCAACAGCACCCAGUGACUGAAGAAACUCACACUGGCACAUUCCAGCCGGCAACUGAGCCAGUGAAACAGCUGCAUCUCAGACAAUCUGAGGCUCUUGUCCCGGCAUCCAACAACUUUCAUCAUACUAUCCCAGUAAUUGAAACUUUGCUUGACCCUUCACCGUCUCAGUCUGGAUCUGAGAACUCGGAGGUCAUGGCUACCGUGCAGUCACCCUCUGCAAUGUCACAUACUGGUGAUUUACAUCCUGAAGGGAAAACCUUACACCAGGAUAGCUCAGCAGCAGGGACCUUGCACCACAGUUGGUUUGACUCCCUGCAGCCAUCACAUGAUUCAGUCCAUAAUGCGCUAAUUGAGACCUUGCACCAGGUUGCUCCUUUUCCUUCUGCUCUGUCAGACCCAUGUGAAUUUAACAAGUUGUAUUUACUGAAUCUGUCUGUGGAGUCUGUAGGGAGUAGCACAGCUCGGGUCCGCUGGCAGACUUUGCUCCACCACGUCCGUGGACCUGUCCUAUUCAGGGUGCUGUAUGAACGCUUUGGUCAGGGUGGGCGUUUUCAACGUUUUAUCUAUCCACGGGGUCAAGCGGAAACAUUAACUUUGCAGGAGCUCACAGGAGAUACUCCUUAUUUAGUAUGUGUUGAAAGCAUCAUUGGUGGGCGUGCUUGCCCUGUGGCCCCUAGAGACCAUUGUGUAGGUCUUGUGACCUUGCCUUCAGAAGCUGACCGCCCUUUCAUAAAUUACCAAAUGUUAGCCUUAGGACUUCUUGCCCUCAAUGCUCUGCUGCUUCUCAUAGGCUUGGUUGCUUGGGGUUCUAGAAUGGCGCGCAAAAAAUGGUGGAGGAGGAGGGCCCCAGUCCAUGUUCGGCAGAUGUACUCUACACGCCGCCCCCAAAGGGCCGUAGGUACUGGAGUUUCCACUGAUUUCUCAGGUUUUCAGUCUCACAGACCCCGCACUGCAAUGUGCGCUCUGGGAGAAGCAGACCUCAUUGAGUUUCCUGGCUGUGACCGCUUCAGAGAGGUGGGGAAUAUACACAGAGAGGAUCUGCUGCAGAGAUUCACAGAUUGACCAGUUCCUAUAUCAGGCCGGAACAUGUCACUGAACACACAGCAUGGUUUCUGCUGCUGUUAUGAUGCCAUUCUUUGUUAUUGGCUAUAAAUUACGGCCUAAUGUAGUAAUGUAUUAGGCCACAUUAGGUAGAGAUAGAGAAAGGUAUAUAACUUGCAAACAGUAGCAUCACGUGGCUCCAAUAACUAGAUGUGAGCUCUACUACACUUGAUUAAGUGCCUUGGUGCUUGUAAUAAAAAUGUGAUGUACACUCACAGCAAUCAAUGCUGUAAUGUUUGACUAGUUAAAUCAAUGACAGUACGUUUGUUUGAUUGCUGUGGGUUACCACAGUUGUGCAUGUUGUACCAUUGUAAUUAACUUUUUACAAACAAAUUCUGAAUAACC